GACAUGUAGACGUGAUUAACAACAGCGUCAUGCUGCAUUUCAAACCGAGCAACAACGAGAAUCAAAGGUUUACAAAAAGGUGGAUAUUUGAAGAUUUGACUAUCUCGUGAUACCCGCUGACAGCGUUUACAACGACUUGGGGAUAUCCUCGCCUUACUUUCCUGCGCGCUAUGCGUGGAUCGUACUGAGCAUCUCUGAGAACAGAGACGCAGAGGUUUAUUAGGAAUCUGGGGGCUGGCUGAGUCUACUGGAACAUUAUACUCAUUUUUUUUGCACACCGUCACUAUAAUUGUGAAGUUUUUUUGUUUGUUUUUUUACCUGGAUAUUCGCAAAAUCUGCAUGUGUAAGACUGACAUGACUUACUCGGAUGUGGCUUCGCUAUUAUCUGCACCUAAUGCAGUACUCUUUCUGGCUGUUACUUGAAAAAGAGAGAGUGAUCCUUUGCAGCGAAGGGAUGGAUAAGGAAUUCUGAACCCGGAUUUUUAUCCCUUUAUUUCGGAGUUGGAAGUAAAUGACAUUCGCCCCGGCUGAUUUGCACGGUUAGAGAUGCAGAACUAAACCGGAUAGUACACCCAGGUCCGGGAGAGUAAAGGGCAGGUGCGCUUUGGAAUCGGCGGCUGCGCGGAGAGACAGGGCUAGUGGAUUAGAACGAUACCUGACUGUGGAGAGCGCGUCAUGCGGACUCGGAUGUCGCGCACUAGAAGCCGUUAAAACCUGUAGGCUGGAGCUAACAGAUAAGCGGAUAUGGGCUCUGCUCUGCGGCGCCGCUGGCUAGUGGUCCAACUCCUGAUGCAGGUGUGGCUGGCAGCAAAUCCAUCUCUAAGUGAGCGCCAGUGCCCCAAGAGUUGUCGCUGUGAUGGAAAAAUUGUUUACUGUGAGUCAAGCGCCUUUCGUGAUGUCCCCAAGAACCUCUCAGGAGGCUGUGAGGGCCUUUCUUUACGAUACAACAGCCUCGCCAGUCUUCGUGCAGGCCAGUUUGUAGGACUCAACCACCUCAUCUGGCUCUAUUUGGACCAUAAUUACAUUGCAUCUGUGGAUGCAAUGGCCUUCCAGGGGGUCCGCAGACUUAAAGAACUGAUCCUGAGUUCCAAUAAGAUCACAUCACUCCACAACACCACAUUCCACCCUGUCCCUAAUUUGCGUAAUUUGGACCUUUCGUAUAAUAAACUGCAAGCCUUGCAACCUGGACAAUUCCAGGGCCUACGGAAGCUUCUCAGCCUUCACAUACGCUCAAACUCUCUUAAAAUUAUUCCAAUGCGUCUGUUCCAAGAUUGCAGAAAUCUCGAGUUCCUAGAUUUGGGCUACAACCGUCUGCGCAGUAUCACUCGAAAUGCAUUUUCUGGCCUGGUCAAACUCACUGAGCUGCAUCUGGAGCAUAACCAGUUCUCAAAGAUCAAUUUUUCUCACUUUCCUCGCCUCUACAAUCUGCGGGCUCUUUACCUGCAGUGGAAUCGGAUUCGCUCUAUGAACCAGGGCCUGACCUGGACCUGGGUCUCCAUCCAGAAACUGGAUCUGUCGGGGAAUGAGCUGACAGAAGUAGAUGCUGCAGUUUACCAAUGCUUACCCAAUCUGCAAACACUCAACUUGGAUUCCAACAAGCUGACCAAUGUUUCCCAGGAGGUAGUUGAUGCCUGGAUCUCUUUGACUAUGAUUAGCUUAGCUGGGAAUGUAUGGGAUUGUGGCCCUGCCAUCUGCCCAUUGGUGGCCUGGUUGAGAAACUUUAGAGGGGCAAAGGAAACCACCAUGAUUUGCGCCUCCCCGAAGAAAGCCCAGGGUGAAAAAGUGAUGGAUGCAGUUGAAGCUUUUGGUGUUUGUAAAUCAAACCAAGCAACACCACUUACAGUGAGUAUUCCUCCAAACCCAUCUAGUGUCCCUGCCCAAACUGAGCAUCGCCCAGCUAUCCUUGCUUCACCCACUGAUUCUGGAAAGAGAGGUGAGGGAUCUCUUAGGGGUCCUACAUCUUCAGCAGUUACUCCACCUGUAGCACUACCCCCAGAGCAAGACUUGGAGCCUGUGUCUUUCCACAAGAUUGUGGCUGGAAGUGUUGCCCUUUUUCUUUCUGUUGCGAUGAUCCUGUUAGUAAUAUAUGUAUCAUGGAAGCGCUAUCCUAGCAGUGUCAAGCAACUGCAGGAGCAUUCGGCAGCAGCUCGCAAACGUCGCAAGAAAACUAGAGAGACAGAGCGCACACUGAGCUCUCCCCUGCAGGAGUACUAUGUGGACUACAAGCCCACCAAUUCUGAGGCCAUGGAUGUGCUUGUCAAUGGGACCGGACCCUGCACCUAUACCAUUUCAGGCUCUCGAGAAUGCGAGGUCCCUCAUCAAAUGGGUGCACUGACCUUCUACCGUUAUGAACAGCCUAUUGUAGACUACUGCCAGGCCCAUCAACCCUUGCGGCUAAACAUGGGUUAUGAGGGACCCCCACAGGGCCUGGAGGGCCUGGAGGACCUUGGGCCAUGUGAUAGAGGCACUAUACAGACAGUGGCACUGCCAGCAGUGCCCUCUGCUGCCAGCAUGGGUGCCCCUGUUCCAGGACCUCGCUCUCCUCCAUCGACCCUCAGACCACCAACUGAGGGUCCCGGCAGCAGUCCUUUUCCUACUUCUGAGCGCACUGGCACACUCAAAUUUGGACGCUAGUGAGCAUGGUUAGAAGUGGGGCAAGGGCCUCUCAUUCACCAUGACUUUGAAAUGAAGGGGCAGGCGAGCUGGUUAUUCAGUGGGGCCUUGUUCUUAGAACAUCGGUAUGUGAACUAGAGGACAAAAUUUUCAAAUUAUGCCUGGAGGCAUUUAUCAUCUGAAACACACAGUCUCAACCAUAUACAGUUGGGUGAGACAUUCUUGCUGAUCAUUUUGUUUUUCUUUUCCAAAACAACUCAUAGAAAAAAAAGGGUCCCUGACUCAAGGGAGGUUAAUUCAGCAUAUGCCACAAAGAAUUACCUUAUUUCCAAAUCUGAUCUUUGUCAUAUCCCAUAUCAGCAUCAUGGGGCAUCUGUUCACAGCAGCAGCAGCCAGCUUACUCUGAGUCAGGAGUGAAAGGGAAAGUGCAAUAAACACAAGUUUUCAUUCACGACAAGUGAGGGCAGUAACAUCAAAGAUCGAAGAGAUAGAGCAUAUGAAGAGCAGAAGGCUUCUUACUGUGAUUAACAUUACAAUUUCUACUCACUAGCUAUUAAAAAAGUUAACAUAUAUAAUUUCAUUAAUUACAUAAAUAUUUUGUUUCUUUGAGUGUCAUAUUUUGUACUGAAUUACAUUAAUGUGCAUGUUAAACCAAAGAGUUUACUAAUAUUUUUUCUUUCUUUUUGCACAUAAGGUACUUUAACUAAGGAGCUUUUUAAAUGUCAGAUGUUCCACUGAACUAGCCUCUGCCAGUUCACAUUUAUAAUUACCACUAGAUCCCCUGAUGAUUUCGAAUGGACUAGAAUUGUCUU